UUACUUCCUGUUUUUAGCUCAUUUUAGCAUAGGUUCGUGGAUGGCAUUGACUGAAGUGUUAUGUUGUACGAGUUAAAAUGAAUAUGAAUAUGCUAAGUCGCUCUAAGAAGCUGGUAUCCUCGGUAUUUAAAAGUAGCGGUUUACUGGAGCAAACCGGUGUUUUUAGAAGCAUCAGUUCGAUCCCCAAAUCUCGUGACAGUCUGUGUUUGCCUCGACGUUUUACAUCAAGUUUAUCCUCAUGUCCGCACUGGCAUCAUGUCUCCGCCCGUCACUUAGACACAAAACGAUUUUAUUCAGAGAUGUGUAGUGAAAGCAGUGAUUCCAAGAGCAGCACUGGCCUGUUUCAAGAGGUAUCGCAUGAGAUGGACUGUGACAGCAGUUCCCUGAGUCAAAGAUCCUCUGAGACAUUCACUCUCGAUGUGCUGGUGUCUUUACUGCGUCAGGAAAAUGCAGUGGACAUCUGUGUGAUUAAAGUACCAGAGCAGAUCAAAUACACAGAGAACUUCAUUGUUGUCAGCGGUGUAUCGCCGAGACACCUCCGCGCAAUGGCACUUUAUGCCAUCAAAGUGUAUAAGUUUCUAAAGAAAGAUGGCGCUCGGAAUGUCAAGAUCCAAGGAAAGGAUGCAGAGGACUGGAUGUGUAUUGACUUCGGGAAUAUGGUUGUUCACUUCAUGCUUCCAGAGACCCGAGAAGUUUACGAGCUGGAGAAACUCUGGACUCUCCGCAUGUAUGAUGAGCAGCUGAUGAGCAUGCCCACGGAGACGCUACCAGAAGACUUCAUAUAUGAUGUGGAAGUAACAAAAUGACACAUCAUCUAAGUUGUGAACAGACUUUACUGCUUUGUCACUUUGGAUGCAUCAUUUCCUAUCCCUGUGAGUAGAACUAAAAGCAUAUAUUUUUUUUUUUUGUCACUUAAAUUAUAAAAAAAAACAUUUUGUUUGGAAUUAAGAAAUUAAAAUGGGUUGUACAGCAACACGGUAGGAAUCACUGCCCCGUCAUGUUGAUUAAUUGUGUACACCUUUCCUUUUCAUAUAUUAUUUGACCGAUAGAGGGCAUCAGGUGGUAUUUGUAAAAUCACAGUGUUUGUUUGAAUGUUGUUGUUUUUUUUGGAGUCAUGGAGAAAAUGUGUAGGUUUUAACAUAUUGUUAUGGUUAAAAAUAAAUUAUUUUAAUACCGUU